AUGUCGACAACCAUGUCCUUCAGCAGAAUCCUUGCGCUGCCUCUGAGUGCUCGACUAGGUCGUCCCCUCUCAUACACACCUCAAUUUCGAACCAUCGUCAGCCCCCCCGCUCUGCGCGCAAUACACGAUCGAAGAAGGAUGCCAGUCAUCCCUAAUACUUCGAUCAAAAUCUUUCGGGAGAUUCCUGAACUUCGAAUAUGGCGUCGCAAACAAUUACUUGACCACCGGUCGGUUGGACUUGUGCCAACCAUGGGAGCUUUACACCAGGGUCACCUCUCCUUGGUUCGAUUGGCUGCUGCUGAAAACCAUGCAGUGGUCGUCAGUAUCUACGUCAAUCCUACUCAAUUCGGGGUACAUGAAGAUCUGGACACCUACCCAAAGACAUGGGCGAGCGAUUGCGAGCUGCUAAAAAAUCUGGACAAGGAACUUGCUGAAGAUGGGGCUAAUCUGGGCACAGUCGCGGCUGUCUUUGCACCAACAACGGAUGUCAUGUAUCCGAGUGGCAGACCAAGUCAGGAGGUUGACGGGAAGGGAAGCUUUGUCACAAUAACACCAGUAGGAGAACUGUUGGAGGGGACAAGUAGGCCUACGUUCUUCCGAGGGGUUGCUACAGUUUGCACGAAAUUGUUCAACAUUGUCAUGCCGGAAAAGGUUUACUUUGGCCAGAAAGAUGUACAACAAACGGUGGUGAUUAAGAAAAUGGUCAAGGACUUUUGUCACAACACGGAAGUGGUCAUUUUGGAAACGCAGAGAGACCAUGACGACUUGCCAUUGAGUUCAAGAAAUGUGUAUUUGGGCACGAGAAGACGAAAUAUCGCAUCAACAUUGUCGAAGGCUUUGCGGAUAGCCGAGAAAGCUUAUAUAAAGGGACGACGCUCAAGAGAUGAGCUCUUGGGGCCUGCCAAUGAAUUCAUAAGGUUGGUUCUUCAAGAACAGUUUCAGUUACCAGCCGGAGAACGUGUAAAAUUCGAUGUGAACUACAUCUCACUCGCGGAUCCCGAGACGAUGGAAGAGUUGGAAGAGAUCGAUGAGUCGAGAGGCGCAAUUCUCAGCGGGGCCAUCAAGAUGCUUCCAGUUGAGUCCCCACAGCCCGGAGAGGAUCUCGGUUCAUCUGGAGGACCAUCCGUACGAAUCUUGGAUAACAUUAUGUUGAAGCCUGUAACAUAG